AUGAUGGAAAGAAUAAGAAAAGAGAUGAUUCUGAUGGAGAGAGGGCUGCACAGCCCCACGGCCGGCAAGCGGUUCUCCAAUUUGUCCGAUUCGGCUGGCAGUGCUGUGCUCGAGGCCCUGGAAAAUUCGCAGCACCCGGCUCGCCUCAGCCCGCGCCUGCCGUCCGCCCCCCUGCACAGCGCUCUGGGAGACCUCCCUGCCAAGGGCAAAUUCGAAAUAGACACUUUGUUCAACCUGCAGCACCCGGGCAGCGAAAGCACCGUCUCCUCCGAAAUCGCCUCCGCAGCCGAAGGCCGUAAAAAGCCGGGUCAUUAUUCAGAGGCGGCCGCCGAGGCGGACAUGAGCAGCGACGUGGAGGUGGGCUGCUCCGCGCUGCGCUCCCCUGGCGGCCUUGCCGCCGCGCCGCUCAAGGAAAACAAUGGCAAAGGGUACACGGAGAGCGGCUCUGCCGCCGGCACCACGACGUCUGCGUCGGGCUCUGGCCUUGGCAGCCUGCAUGGAGGUGGCGGCAGCGGCGGUGGCGGGGGCGCGGCGCUGGGCGGCUCCGGCUCCGGCGCGGAUCAGGUGCGGCGCUACCGCACGGCGUUCACCCGCGAACAGAUCGCGCGCUUGGAGAAGGAGUUCUACAGGGAGAACUAUGUGUCUCGGCCCCGCCGGUGUGAGCUAGCGGCGGCGCUCAACCUGCCGGAAACCACCAUCAAGGUAUGGUUCCAGAACCGGCGCAUGAAGGACAAGCGGCAGCGCCUGGCUAUGUCGUGGCCGCACCCGGCCGACCCCAGCUUCUACACCUACAUGAUGACGCACGCGGCCGCCACCGGAAGCCUGCCCUACCCCUUCCACUCGCACGUGCCGCUGCACUACUACCCGCACGUGGGUGUCACGGCUGCGGCCGCGGCGGCCGCGGCCUCCGGCGCAGCGGCCGCGGCCUCGUCGCCCUUUGCCACGUCCAUCCGUCCGCUGGACACCUUCCGUGCCCUGUCGCACCCUUACUCGAGGCCGGAGCUGUUGUGCAGCUUCCGCCACCCGGGCCUCUACCAGACGCCAGCGGCCGCCGCGGGGCUCAACAGUGCGGCCUCCGCAGCUGCGGCUGCUGCGGCUGCAGCGGCUGCGGCCUCGUCGGCCGCGGCGGCCGGGGCGCCCCCCAGCGGCGGCUCCGCGCCCUGCUCGUGCCUCAGUUGCCACAGCAGUCAAUCCGCCGCGGCGGCCGCGGCAGCCGCCGCCGCGGCCCUGGGCUCCCGGGGCGGUGGCGGCGGCGGCGGGGGUGCAGGCGGAGGCGGCGCAGGGGCCGCCGGGGGCUCGGACUUCGGCUGCAGCGCCGCGGCGCCUCGCUCCGAGAGCGGCUUCCUGCCCUACUCAGCGGCUGUGCUUAGCAAGACCGCCGUGAGCCCACCGGACCAGAGGGACGAGGCGCCGCUCACCAGAUAA